UAUGAUACUCAAUUCAAUCUCUUGCUCCGUGUUUGGUGAGUGGUUCCGAUCCGUGGCUAUGACAGAGUGAGCUCGCUGUGGUAGCAGCCUAGCAUCACUAUCAAAUGACAUUAGCUGUUCAACAGUCACGAACAAGUCAUCAUCUACGAGAAUAUUAAGAAUUCCAACUCCGAAUGGGGUGCCGGAAGCCCCAACUGCAGAUCAACAAUGUGCUAACUACACAGGGGUUUGGCUCAAUAUCCGCCGCCCCAAUCCGUCGAUUUAUCCCACCUUCUCGCAUGUACCCACAGAGGAUGGUACCGCAUGCACGACUUGAUGGCCCCCGCGAAUCUUUUUGUUGAGCAUGCCAAGCAACCUGGAAGCUUCUUUGCUGUUUCUCCAUUCUGUCAGCUAUCAUUGUGUUAGGCCAAAACACACAACAGCGGAAGGAAUAGACGCCACUCGAAAGGCUGAGCGAUUCGAGCGCGCAGACAAUUUCGUGGGAAAAUCAGUACCCGCCAGGCCUCUUGGCUCGAGGCACACAUCGAGCGCUAUACGUUAUCCGGCUAAAUAUGCAUCGCCAUUCCGCAUCCCCUGCUAUGCAGCUUACCGGGUGGUUGCGAGGAUCCUCACGACACGCGCGGUUUAUGAUCCUCUGAGCAAGCCCUUGCCUGAUACAUCGGCUUGUUCAUACCAAGAAUACGUUUCUAGUCUGUUACUACAGUUACCCCGGGUCUGAGGAAAGCUGUAGAUGGGCCAAGAAAGAGCUGCUUUGAUUGUGAGGCUGAAAUGCCAAUGCAUCUGUCACACCAUGGACGGGUCCAGAUUACACUGGCACGAUCCAGUAACCUUGGAACUGUGAUCCAUUCUCCUGGGAGGUCUAAGAAUAGGCUCAUACUAUGUGCAUCAACAAUCCGUCCCGGUUUCACGUUCAAUAUGUCACCGCAUUCGUUCGACACGCGUUACCGGCUCACCUAGCCGUCAAAACAAAGCGCUUGAGCGAGGUUGUGUUCGAUUCUUGCUCGAAUUUCCUUCUAGAAAGAUGGUCAAGUGGUCAUUUUGUAAGCUCAAAUCAGAGGCUAAUGGGUUUCCCAUGUAAAAAUAGCAACACUAGCGGAGAGAGGAGCUGAAAGACCUGCACAAUCUCACAUACCCGAAGGCAACUUGGAAGUAGCUUCAGGCACUAAGGAACCCGUGUAAUAUACCCC